ACGUCACAAUCCAAGAUGGCGCUGCCCGUGCGGAACAACUCGAGACAGGUCUUCAGGUUCAUUCGGACGAUUAAUCCUCCGAGAAGGUUCGUCUGCGCCGCGGCCCUGAGUCCGGAACAUCAGGAGCCUCCGGGCGGGGGCCGCGUGUUUUCCGGGAUCCAGCCGACCGGGGUGCCGCACCUGGGCAACUACCUAGGGGCCCUGGAGAACUGGGUGUCCCUGCAGCACCGGUAUCCGUCGGUGCUCUACAGCAUCGUGGACCUGCACUCCAUCACCCAGCCGCAGGACCCGGCCCGGCUCAGGAGCAACAUACUGGACAUGGCGGCCAGCCUGCUCGCCUGCGGCAUCGACCCGGAGAGGGCCAUACUCUUCCAGCAGUCGAAGGUGUCUGAGCACGCUGAGCUCUCCUGGAUCCUCGGCUGUCUGACCAGCAUGCCCCGACUCCGACACCUGCCACAGUGGAAGAUGAAGAGCAAACAGAGGAGCGAAGGCAGCGUGGGUCUCUACACGUAUCCCGUCCUCCAGGCUGCAGACAUUCUCCUUUACAAGUCCACUCACGUCCCCGUCGGAGAGGAUCAGGUCCAACAUCUGGAGUUGGCUCAGGAUCUCGCUCGCAUCUUCAACAACAACUACGGAGACCUGUUCCCCGAACCCCGCGCCCUGCUGAGCUCCACGCGAAAGGUCAAAUCCCUGCGCGACCCCUCCGCUAAGAUGUCCAAGUCCGACCCGCAGGCGAUGGCGACGAUAACCAUCACGGACUCCCCCGACGACGUCGCCCUCAAGCUCCGCCGCGCCGUCACCGACUUCACCUCGGAGGUCACCUUCGACCCGGAGACGCGUCCGGGCGUGUCCAACCUGGUGACCAUCCACGCCGCCGUGGCGUCGAUCAGCGCGGAGGAGGCGGUGACGCAGGCCCGGGGCCUGGACACGGGCGCCUACAAGAAGCUCGUCACCGACGCCGUGGUCCAGAGGCUGACGCCCAUCAGGGAGGAGAUCGAGCGGCUGAGGUCGGACCCGGCCCACCUGGAGGCGGUGCUGGCCCGGGGGAACCGCAGGGCCCGGGAACUGGCCGCGCCGGUCCUGGGAGAGGUCCGACAGCGGGUGGGAUUCUGCUGAGAGGCAGGAAAAAUAGAGCCACGUUUUAUACUGCGAGGCCCUGCUCAGCACUUAACUGCUGCCGAUAUUAAAAUUUAUAUUCCAACGACUGUUUACGUUUCCAGAAUAGUCGAGGAUGUAACGCGUUUAUGACUGAAACGUGUUGACGGCCGUGUGGAAAAGACUCGAACGUCACGUUUGGACUCGAACGUCUCAUUGAAGUGAAUGAGGAGGCUGUGGUCACGAGGAGAAAAAGGAAACAAUUAUAUUAUUUAUUUUGUCCAUGUACUCAUCAUUUUGAAGAUACUGCAGCUUGUGUAUCUGCCUUUGUGUUUCCCUUAACACCACACAAACAAUCUUUUUAUUCUUCUGUCCAACAUGCUCUCGACCUCACCGCUAACAAGUGUACAAAUCAUGAAACCUGUACUCUCAUUCUAAGAGAUGAUUAAAUUAUACUUGACUCAUCGAA